AUGGAAAAUUUAGCAACUAUAACUCAAGCAGAUAUUAAUAAUGGUGCACUUAUACGUAUGCUUAAUAAAGCAGGUAUUCCUGACAUUCAAGAAUAUAUAAAACAUUUUCAUCAAGAAACAGAAGAAUUAAUAAUUGAAGAAUUCGAACAUCCAAAUGCAGAUAAACUAGAUAAUGAUGAACAAAUUGUUCCACCGGCUGAUAUUCAAAGUUGGAUCACUGGUUUUCGUCCUAAUGUCGAUGAUCCUAUUAAACCUGUAUUAUUUGAACAAGAACAACAACCAAAACCACAACCUCCAUUGCCAAAGGAUAUUCAAGGAUGGAUCACAGGCUUAGGACCUCGUUUGGAUGAUCAUAACAAGCCUGCAUCAUCCGAACAAGAACAACAACCAAAACCACAACCUCAGCCUCCAUUGCCGAAGGAUAUUCAAGGAUGGAUCACACGUUUACAACCUCGCCCAGACGAUCCUAUUCAACCACCAUUACCUCAACAACAAUCACAAGAGAUACCUCUACCAAAAGAUCUUCAAAGCUGGCUACAUCGUAUGGGACCGAGUAACGUACAUUCAUCUGCCGAGACAACUAUUGAUACAACAGAAAUAACUACGAUCAGUAAUGAUAUUAAUCCAGCAAAUGGUGAUCUAGGUACUUGGCUCAAUCAAUGGUCAAAAAGUCUUACUGAACAACCACCACCAGCUUCAUUAGAUAAUUGGUUAAAAGGUCUCGUACCAAACAAUAUGCAUGAGCCACUUAGUAAAGCAAAUAGUUCAAAAGGUCGACUAAAUAGUUAUUUAAAUGCAGCUGAACAGGUUUUUUCAAAACAUGGCUAUGAUGUUUCAAAUGAAGUUAAACCACCAACAAAUGUUAAAGUCAAAAGUGGAAUGUUUGGUAAUGUAAAACAAAUGUAUUUUCUUUGGAAAACAUUAGAUAAAAAUAAUGAUAGAAAAAUUACAGUUGAAGAUGUUCAAAUAAUGCUUGAAGAAAUGGGUCUUGGUUUUAUUAGCAAAUAUGCUGCUAAAACAUUAUUUGAAAUGGUCGAUACCAAUCAUGAUGGUGAAUUACAAUUUCGUGAUUUUGUUGCAUUGAUGGGUAUCAUAAAACAAUUAGUAGGUGCUAUUGGAUCAGCAAAGUGA